AGAAAUACAUCUAGGUCAUUCUUCUUCUAUAUAUGUGCAUGCAUAACAAUGAAGAAACUUAACGCACAUAUCUCUCUCUCCCUCUCUUUCUGACAAAUCCAUUGCCAUGAUUUCCCAAAGCAACCAACUUCACUUCGUCUUGUUUCCUCUACUAGCCCAAGGCCAUAUGAUUCCAAUGGUAGAUAUUGCCAAGCUGUUGGCACAAGAAGGAGCAAUGGUAAGUAUAAUCACAACACCUCAAAAUGCUGCUAGGCAUUCAACAAUUCUUACCAGAGCUAUCAAAUCAGGCCUCAAAAUCCAAAUUUUCAAACUCCAAAUUCCAUUUCAAAACUAUGGCUUACCUGAAGGAUGUGAAAAUUUUGACAUGUUACCUUCAUUGGACAUGGGCGAAAAAAUGUUCAUGGCAGCUAAUGGGCUUCAAAAGCCAGCAGAAGAAUUAUUUGAAGAACUAAACCCUAAGCCAAGCUGCAUAAUCUCUGAUUUGUUUUUGCCAUGGACAAUUCACAUAGCUAGUAAAUGGAAGGUUCCAAGAAUUUCAUUUAACGGCUUUUGCUGUUUUACUAUGUUAUGCACGCAUAAUAUUUACAAUUCCAACAUUUUAGAGAAUAUAACAUCAGAAAAUGAAUUUUUUGUUGUUCCUGGAUUGCCUCAGACUAUUGAGAUCACCGAAAGUCAGCUGCCCGAAUCGGCUGUAAAGAACUGGACCGAAGAGCUCCUUAAUCAAAUUCUUCAAGCUGAAAAGGAAAGCUGUGGAUUUAUUAUAAAUACAUUUGAAGAGUUAGAGGAAGAAUUUGUUAAAGAAUACAAGAAUGCAAGAGGGAAUACUAGGAUUUGGUGUAUUGGCCCUGUUUCACUAUGUAACAAGGAUAGCAUGGACAAGAUUGAUAGAGGUAAUAGAACAUUAGUUGAUGGGAAUGAAUGUUUGAAUUGGCUUGAUGCUUGGAGUCCAAAAUCUGUAAUUUACGCUUGUCUUGGAAGCCUUCCUAAUUUAACAACUUUACAAGUGAUAGAGCUGGGAUUAGGGUUAGAAUCCUCGAAAAGGCCUUUCAUUUGGGUAGUAAGAGGAGGAGAUUAUAGAUCAAAAGAAAUAGAGAAAUGGGUUUCAGAGACUGGGUUCGAAGAGAGAAUAAAAGGAAGAGGUCUUUUCAUUAGCGGCUGGGCGCCACAAAUGCUAAUACUGUCACACCCAGCAAUUGGAGGAUUUGUGACGCAUUGUGGAUGGAAUUCAACAUUGGAAGCAAUAAGCUCAGGUGUGCCGAUGGCUACAUGGCCACUUUUUGCUGAUCAAUUUAUUAAUGAGAAGCUAGUUAUUCAGGUACUGAAGAUUGGUGUGAGUUUUGGGGUCGAGGUUCCAGAGAAGUUCGGAGAGGAAGGGAAGUUUGGUCUGUUGGUGAAAAAAGAAGAUGUUGUGAGAGCUUUGGACAAGUUGAUGGAAGAAGGAGAAGAAAGGGAAGAGAGAAAUAAAAGGAUUAAAGAACUUGCAGAGAUGGCAAAGAAGGCAACAGAGGAAGGAGGUUCUUCUUUUCUCAACAUUAAGCUCCUAAUCCAAGAUAUCAUGCAGAAAAUAAACCAUGAGAAAUCAACUUAAUAGAAGAUGGAUGUUUCUCUGUUUGAUCUUAAUUAUAUUUGUUUUUUAUAUCUUUUAUUUUAUUUCAGUUAAGUUCCAACAGAGUGACAACAUAUGCUGAAGCAAUUUGUAAUCACUUACUUUAUGACAAGUUGCUUUUAACAAGUGAUAAACAAGGAAGUUAAGGUGAAAAAAAA